UUUACUCCAAAUAGUAUCAAGAUGGGCAUUCACUUCCUUUUAGCCACAUCCAUCUUGGCUUUUGCAUUCUCGCUUGCCUCUGCCUCUGAUCCAAGCCCUCUGCAGGACUUCUGUGUCGCCGUUAACGAUUCCAAGUCUGCAGUGUUUGUGAAUGGGAAGGUAUGCAAUGACCCAAAGCUAGCCACAGCCAAUGAUUUUUUCUACUCAGGGCUCAAUAUUCCUAGAAAUACAUCGAAUCCAGUUGGUUCAAUUGUGACUCCUGUAAAUGUUGCUCAAAUACCAGGACUCAACACUCUUGGUAUAUCCUUAGUACGCGUUGACUUUGCGCCUAAAGGCCUCAACCCACCCCACACGCAUCCACGCGCUACUGAAAUCCUUGUUGUCUUGGAGGGCACUCUCUAUGUCGGCUUUGUCACUUCCAAUCCUGAAAAUCGUCUCUUCACUAAGACCCUAUACCCUGGAGAUGUUUUUGUGUUCCCUGUGGGGCUAAUUCACUUCCAAUUCAAUGUGGGGAAGACCAAGGCAGUGGCAUUUGCUGGACUGAGCAGCCAAAAUCCUGGGGUUAUCACCAUUGCAAAUGCGGUGUUUGGAUCGAACCCAAAGAUUUCUGCUGAUGUUCUUACCAAGGCAUUCCAGGUUGACAAGAAUGUGGUGGACUAUCUCCAAGGACAGUUCUGGUGGGACAACAAUUAGAAAAGUUAUAGCCAAUUCUACAACAAUAACAAAGGAAACCCCAUGAAUGAUUCUUUUUUCUUUUUGUUAAAAAUAAGCAGAUGUCAUGUAGUGCUCCUAAUCAUACUUAAUUCAAUACAAUAAAUAAGUGGGGUUUUUUUUUUUUUUUGUACUUCUCAAUUCUCAUUAGUUACAAAGGUUUUCUAAUUAUUUAAUUGUUUGGGCAUUCACUUGGAGGCCUCAU